UUCAAGUCUCGUCUUUGAGUUUCGGCAAGUCUGCGCUCCGACAAACCUUGAAGUAGGGUGCAUUUGUAGGCAUCAAAAUUUUGUAGGACUUUACAAGAUGAGUCCAAUCCAUCUUCAAAUUCUAAGGUUUGUUGGGAUUUCUUGAAGACUACUUACUCUAUCCUAAACCUUAGCUCGCUUCUAUAUAUAAAGACACGUUUUCCCUUGGAAAGAGAUUAAGCCAGAUCUCAAAUAUCCCAUAAACUCAUGGGUAUUCAAAAAGAGGUCAAUAUGUGGCUGGAUAUUUCUUGACAACUAAAUACUUCAAGAAGAUCCACAAUAUCGUUUCAUGCAGAUCAAAUACAUCCCAAGAAAGUCCACACAUAUCCAUAUCCAAAUCCAAAUCAUCCUACGUUCGAGAAAUAUGCUACUAACGGCUCCUGAAUUACGGAGAAAAAAAUUGGAGAGAAGAAUCAAGGGAUGAACAGAUUUGUACUCACAAUAUUGAUAUAUUAAAUCACUCUUUUUAUUUAUUUUGUGAUUGUAGUUUAUUUUCUUUAUGCAAAAAUUUGUUGCAAACAAGUAUAUUUCAGAUGUAGGAGGAAAAAAAUGUGGAAAUGAAUUGAGAGAGGGAAAUGUAAUUUUAUGUUUCUUAUUUUUUAUUUUUAUUUUGGUUUAUUUUAUUAUUUCUUACUUUGGAUGAAAAUGUAUUUUUUAAAAUUUGAAGGAUAGUUUGGAAGCUUUGGAAUAGUUAUUGUUUUAUUUUUUAUUUUUUUAAAUUCUUGAACGAAAAUGUAUUUUUUAAAAUUUAAGGUUUGUUUUGACGCUCAACUAACUUGUCUCCACUUAAUUAGCACUAAUCAUAAAAUAGUUGCUGACUUUCUGCCACCUAAUAAUUAAAUCUUGGAAUCCAAAUACUUAAAAAAAAACAAAAAAACAAAAACUAGCUUUGUGCCUUGUCACCAUGCUUGCCCGAGAGACUUUAAUUUCUUUAAUAAAGUAAACUAGACUUUAAUUCCCUGUACUUUGACAAUGGUAUAUGGUAGCAAUAGCCUUGAAGAAAGGAAAGAACUAUGGGACGGGUUACUUAGAUUGGGAGCAACUAUAACGACACCAUGGUGCAUAUGUGGGGACUUUAAGUCCCCUUUAUCAAGUGAAGAUAGAACUGGUGGUAAUCCAGUAGGUGAUGCUGAGACUAGAGACUUUCAGAAUGUGGUAAAUACACUGGUGUUAGUGGACAUGAAGGCAACAGGAAGAAUACUCACAUGGACAAGUGGGCAUGUCUGGAGCAAAAUAGAUAGGGCUUUAUGCAAUGCUGAAUGGGUAGCACAAUAUGGGGCCAUAACUGCACAAUUCCAGGAGAAUCAUUUUUCUGACCAUUCACCAAUCCACAUUGAUAUAUCAAGAGCUAGCAACCUUAACAGGAAACCAUUUCGGUUUCUUAACAUCCUAGCUGAGGAGGAACAAUUCUUGCACAUUGUGGAGUAUACUUGGCAGCAACAAGUCCAAGGUACUGCUAUGUAUAGAUUAUGGUGCAAGUUGAAUUACUGCAAGGAACCACUGAAAAAGCUAAAAACUGGUAGAUUGGGAAGCAUUGAUGGUAGAAUUGAGGAAUUCAGAGAGAAGCUUGAAACAAUCCAAACCCAUAUUACAACAUCACCAACCCCAGAACUGAUGGCACAAGAGAAGAUAGCUAUGGGUGAAUUCACAAAAUGGAUGAAUAUCCAGGAAAAAGUAUUAAGGCAAAAAUCUGAAGCUCAUUGGAUAAAGGAAGGGGAUGGCAAUAAUAUGUAUUUUUUCAACUGUAUGAAGGAUAGAGCAAGCUCAAAUUCCAUCUCACUCCUCAAAGACUCAACAUGAAAUAUACUACAGAGGCAUACAGAGAUUGAAACUGAAAUUCUCAAGUUCUAUAAGGAUUUACUAGGUUCUGCUGCAACCAGGAUCCCGGAUGUGAACCUAAAUAUCCUAAGACAAGGGCCUACACUGAACAUACAACAACAACAGGAUAUGUGCACCAACAUUACAAGAGAAGAGAUAAAACAAGCUCUGUUUGGCAUUGAGGACAAUAAAGCCCCAGGUAUUGAUGGAUUCAGUGCACUAUUUUUCAAGAAAGCAUGGCAUAUUGUGCAGCAUGAUGUCUAUGAAGCAUUUUUGGAAUUUUUUCAUCAGAACAAACUACUUAGAGCUGCUAACAAUACAUUAGUUACACUGGUUCUUAAAAAAUCCUAUCCUGAGACAAUGAAAGAUUAUAGACCCAUAGCUUGUUGUUCUAUAAUAUAUAAAAUCAUUUCCAAAGUUAUCUCUGAAAGAAUAAAAGGGUCAUUGAUGGUAUUGUGGGACACUUCCAAUCUGCAUUCAUCCCAGGGAGGCUAAUUUCAGAUAAUAUCAUACUGAGCCAUGAACUUGUCAAGGGGUAUACUAGAAAGCAGUUGUCUCCUAGAUGCAUGAUAAAAGUGGACUUAAAGAAAGCCUAUGAUUCGGUGGAGUGACACUUCAUUGAACAGAUGCUUAAGGGUUUGGGAUUCCCAAGGAAAAUGGUACUCUGGAUCAUGAACUGUAUCCAAACUGUCAGUUACACAUUUAUGGUGAAUGGGGAAAUGACUAAUACAAUGAAAGCAAAAAAGGGAUUAAGACAGGGAGAUCCCAUGUCACCACACAUUUUUGUAUUACUGAUGGAGUAUUUAAAUAGGUGUUUGAAUGGCUUACACAGAGACCCUGACUUUAACUACCAUCCUAGGUGCCAGAAGCUAGGAAUUACACAUCUUUGCUUUGCAGAUGACUUGCUUUUGUUUGCCAGAGGAGACCUGCAAUCUGUGAUGUUACUGAAGGAUAAGUUUUCUUUAUUUACUGAAGCUUCUGGAUUGAAAGCAAAUUUGAACAAAAGUGAAGUGUAUUUUGGAGGAGUGGAUAUAUCAACUAAACAAGCUAUUCUGGAGACACUGGGUAUGAGGAAGGAGAGCUUCCAUUCAAAUACUUGGGAUUUCCCCUUUCAACGAAGAGAUUAACUAUCCAACAAUGCAAACCAUUGGUUGACAAGAUUACUACAAAAAUCACAAGCUGGAUGGCCAAAUACCUCUCCUAUGCUGGGAGGCUUCAAUUGAUCAAGAUUGUAGUAUUUGGGGUUCAGGCCUACUGGUCUCAAUUGUUUCUAAUGCCUAAGAAAGUGAUAAAACUGAUUGAAUCAGUCUGUAGAAGUUAUUUAUGGUCUGGGGAGGCUACUGUUACAAAGAAGGCUUUGGUGGCUUGGGAUAAAAUUUGUUUGCCCAAGAAAGCAGGUGGAUUAAACAUUCUAAAUCUCAGAAUAUGGAAUCAAGUAGCUAUAUGCAAACUACUUUGGGCAUUGAGUAAAAAAAAAGGAUAAACUGUGGAUAACAUGGAUCCAUACUUAUUACAUCAAGUAGCAAGAUAUAUUUACAAUGCAGAUUCCUAAACAGGCAGCUUGGAUGAUAAGGAAGAUUAUGCAAAUGAGGAAAUACUGGCCAGUUUUGGGGGACACUAAUAUCCUGAUCAUUAAGGGAAAAUUUCACCUUGCUACUGCUUAUACUAGAAUGAGGGGUGAAGUAGUGGAUGUUGCUUGGAAUAGGUUACUCUACCAGAACUUUGUUGAGCCAAAGCAGAAUUUUACACUUUGGCGAAUCUUUAUGGAAAACUGAGGACUAAGGACAAACUGAUAAACUGGGGAAUGACAGUGAGUGUAGACUGUGUGUUAUGCAAUAACAUGCCAGAGACAAGGAACCAUCUGUUCUUUGAAUGCAGGUUCACAAAUGAGAUUUGGCACAGUCUACUAACUUGGCAGAACUGGGAUAGACAAAUACAAGAGUGGAAGCUAGAAUGGCAAUGGGUCAAACAAAAGUUAUGAGGGAAGCAUCCAGGGAAAGCACUCCUAAAAGCUAGCUUGGCCACUGCUAUGUAUGGGAUAUGGAUUGAAAGGAAUAGAAGAAUUUUUCAACAGAAGGAAACCACCAAAGAGCACAUGCUGCAUCAGAUGAAGCUGCACCUAUGUAUUAGAUCUAGAGACAAUAUGAACUUGUUUAGUUAUAUCAGCUCCUUAAGAGCUUAGGCAGCACUAGUAGUACAGGUUAGGAUAUGUUGGCUAAGAGGCAUAGAGGUUUGAACACUGAGAGGGGUUUCAGAUUUGGUUUAGUCCACCCCUGUUUUGUAAAUAUACAAUUUGGUGAUUAAUAAAAUUUCCUUUAAUUGAAAAAAAAAAAAAAAACUUGUCUUCACUUAAUUAACACUAGUCCUAAAAUAGUUGUUGACUUUCGGCUACCUAAUAAUUAAAUCUUGGGAUCCAAAUACUAAAAAAGAAAACUAGCUUUGUGCCUUGUCAUUAAUUUCUUUAAUAAAGUGAACUGGCCUGUUGCCAUUUGCCAGUGUAUCACAAAAGAAUAUUCAAAGAAUAGAGAUAAGGAAAACAGAGGCAAAAAAGUGAGUUGACCCCAGGGUCAAUGCUUUUCCUUUUCAUCUCACCAGUUUUCACAUGCUUGUGCGGUCUUGAUUCCAUAUCUUCACAUCUUCUUUCUCUAUUCAUUCUCUAUGGCUUCCCAAAGCAAAUCAGUCAAACAAUGGAAAUAUGAUACCUUCCUGAAUCAUAGCAAGGACCUCUCUUACGACCAUGGCUUUGUUCACCGUCUUAUCAACGUCUGGAAGAAGCGGGAAUUAGUGUAUUCCCAAAUUAUGAUAGUGAAAUUAAGAGAGGAAACGAAGUCAUGGAAGCCAUUGAGGAGUCAAGAACUGCCAUUAUAAUCAUAUGCGACAAGUAUGAGGAAAGCCACAGGUGCUUGGUGGAACUGACCAAGAUAAUGGAAUGUGUAAAGAGUAAGGGUCAGAUUCCCAUAACAGUCUUCUAUGAUGAUAAUCAAUGGAAUGAACCCAGGUUACUAAGUUGGCCGACUGAAAUGUUUGCUGAUCAUGACACAUUUGAAGGCUUUGCUGUGGAGACGGCGCAGAGUUGGGUAGACUCUCUACGUAAAAUAUAUAACAUACCACGAUCCCAAUUGCGUGUGGAGACGGCGCAGAGUUCGGUGGAUUCUUGACGUAAAAUCAUAGCACUAUACAAAUUGCGUAUACAAAAAUCACGUCGCCGGUUCACAAGGGAGGAGAAGGAGGACAAAAGGAUCCAAGAAAUUGUUGAUAAAAUUUUAGAGAUUCGAGGCAUUACCAAAUACCCAGUGGGAAUCGAAUCUCGUGUAAAGGAAAUAAAAUCGUUGUUGAAAGUUGAAUGUGGCGGUGUUUCUUUUAUUGGGGUAUGGGUGAUGAGUGGAAUAGGUAAGACAACGGUUGCAAGAGCAAUUUUUGACGAGAUCUCUUGUCAAUUUGAAGGGUCUUGUUUUCUUGCAAAUGUUAGGGAAGUUUCAGAGAAGUAUGGACUGAGCCAUUUGAGUCAGAAACUUCUUUCACAAGUCUCGAAGCAAGAAUUUGUGGAUGUGGCAAGUGAAAGAACCUAUUGGCUAAGCGGAAUUCUUCGUCACAAGAAGGUUGUAAUUGUUCUUGAUGACGUGGAUAACACCCAUCAGUUGGAAUAUUUAGCUGGGAAACGCGAUUGAUUUGGUGGUGGCAGUCGGAUCAUCACAACAACUAGAAACACUGAUUUAUUGUGCAAGCAUGAUGAGUUAUAUUGUGUACCUCUACUGGCUAGACACGAGGCUCUAGAACUUUUUAGUUGGCAUACCUUUCAAUAACGGGCUCCUGUUAAGGAGUUUGAAGAGCUCUCGAAUUGUGUAGUAGAUUAUGCUAAAGGCUUACCAUUAACUCUGGAGGUCGUGGGUUCUUGUCUCUACAAACAAGGCAUGGAUGAGCUGAGAAGUAAAUUACAUAGACUCGAAGAUUUCGGAAAUAGAAAAAUUGUUAAGCUACUUAGUUUAAGUCUAGAUGUAUUGGGUGACAUUUACAAAAAUAUCUUUAUGCAUAUUGCAUGCUUCUUUAGAGGAAGAGCGAAACGUGAUGUGAAAAGAUUAAUAGAUAUAUUGGGCUUUGAAUCAAGGAUAAAAAUACGUGUCCUUACUAAAAGAUCACUUUUAUACGUGUCAAAUGGAAUGAUUGAGAUGCAUGAUUCAAUAGCACAAAUGGGUCAACAAGUGGCAUGUGAUGAUGAGCAGGACAAGCCAUGGAACUGCAAUAGUAGCCUAUGGCAUGAAAAAUAUAUGAAGACUGAUUUUUCUACAAGUCAGGUAUGUACGUCUUCUAAUGGUUAAAAAUGCGGGAGAUUUUCCAUUUUCUCUUGGACAUUGCUUUCACAAAAAAGUAGACAUCGAAUUCUACAACACACUUUGGUGCUAGUGUCACAACCCAAAAUCCAUCAGUGAUACGUGACCGACAUCCGACACUCUACCCAUGAGCGAACCAAAUCCAUAUGAUAUGCCCCAAUCAUAUGAACUAAAGUAAAUGCGAAAGGCAUUUGAAAACCAUAAACAUUUUGUAA